UGCGGUUGAGCUGCCCAUCUUUCCACCAAUGAAGCACGUCAUGUUUGAGUUGCCGAUCACUCCAGUGGAAUCUGAGUCGCUUCAGAGAUUUGAGGGUUUGACACAGCGACAUAAAAAAAGAAAGACAGACAUGGAAGCUUCAGUUCCACAGGCCAGAACUACUCUUCCUCCUCCCUCCCUAUUGGAUUAUUUUGCUCCACCUACAACUCAGAGAUGUCAAAGGGCCCGGGAUUUCUUCCCUCCACCUCCAGUGGAGCCCAUCGUGGUUGAGCUGCCCGUGUCUCCACCAGUGAAUCCCAUCGUGGUUGAGCUGCCCAUCUCUCCACCAGUGAAACCCAUCAUGGUUGAGCUGCCCAUGUCUCCACCAGUGAAUCCCAUCGUGAUGGAGCUGCCCAUGUCUCCACCAGUGAAGCCCAUUGUGGUUGAGCUGCCCAUGUCUCCACCAGUGAAGCCCAUUGUGGUUGAGCUGCCCAUCUCUCCACCAGUGAAACCCAUCAUGGUUGAGCUGCCCAUCAUGGUUGAGCUGCCCAUCUCUCCACCAGUGAAGCCCAUCGUGGUUGAGCUGCCCAUCGUGGUUGAGCUGCCCAUGUCUCCACCAGUGAAUCCCAUCGUGAUGGAGCUGCCCAACUCUCCACCAGUGGAGCCCAUCCUGGUUGAGCUGCCCAUCUCUCCACCUGUGAACCACCAGGAUCAACCUUGUCAAGGGGCCAACUGGGAAAUAGAGGCUGGUUCUUCUCAGAUUGUUGAUGCUCCUGCCCAUCUCCCCCUUCCUACGUCCUCUGAUCUCCCUCAGCAGAGCCCACAGGAGCAGCCUGGAGUCCUCACAGCAUUCCCUGGUCCUCUUGCAAACGUUGGGACUCUUGAGAAGAUGAUUAAGGUUGCAUGGCAGAAGUGUCAGGAGUACCAAUCUAUGUUCUUCAUGUGGUACUGUGUUACCCUGUUGUGCAUACAGAGUAGGGCACAGCCCAUCUCUACACCAGUGAAACACAUCGUGGUCGAGCUUCCCAUCUCUACACCAGCGAAGCCCAUCGUGGUUGAGGCGCCGAUCUCUAACCCAGUGAAGCCCAUUGUGGUUCAGCUGCCCAUCUCUCCACCAGUGAAGCCUGUUGUGGUUGAGCUGCCCAUCUCUCCACCAGUGAAACCCAUCAUGGUUGAGCUGCCCAUCUCUCUACCAGUGAAACCCAUUAUGGUUGAGCUGCCCAUCUCUCCACCAGUGAAGCCCAUUGUGGUUGAGCUGCCCAUCUCUCCACCAGUGAAUCCCAUCGUGAUGGAGCUGCCCAACUCUCCACGAGUGAAGCCCAUUGCGGUUGAGCUGCCCAUCUUUCCACCAAUGAAGCACGUCAUGUUUGAGUUGCCGAUCACUCCAGUGGAAUCUGAGUCGCUUCAGAGAUUUGAGGGUUUGACACAGCGACAUAAAAAAAGAAAGACAGACAUGGAAGCUUCAGUUCCACAGGCCAGAACUACUCUUCCUCCUCCCUCCCUAUUGGAUUAUUUUGCUCCACCUACAACUCAGAGAUGUCAAAGGGCCCAGGAUUUCUUCCCUUCACCUCCAGUGGAGCCCAUCGUGGUUGAGCUGCCCGUGUCUCCACCAGUGAAUCCCAUCGUGGUUGAGCUGCCCAUCUCUCCACCAGUGAAACCCAUCAUGGUUGAGCUGCCCAUGUCUCCACCAGUGAAUCCCAUCGUGAUGGAGCUGCCCAUGUCUCCACCAGUGAAGCCCAUUGUGGUUGAGCUGCCCAUGUCUCCACCAGUGAAGCCCAUUGUGGUUGAGCUGCCCAUCUCUCCACCAGUGAAACCCAUCAUGGUUGAGCUGCCCAUCAUGGUUGAGCUGCCCAUCUCUCCACCAGUGAAGCCCAUCGUGGUUGAGCUGCCCAUCGUGGUUGAGCUGCCCAUGUCUCCACCAGUGAAUCCCAUCGUGAUGGAGCUGCCCAACUCUCCACCAGUGGAGCCCAUCCUGGUUGAGCUGCCCAUCUCUCCACCUGUGAACCACCAGGAUCAACCUUGUCAAGGGGCCAACUGGGAAAUAGAGGCUGGUUCUUCUCAGAUUGUUGAUGCUCCUGCCCAUCUCCCCCUUCCUACGUCCUCUGAUCUCCCUCAGCAGAGCCCACAGGAGCAGCCUGGAGUCCUCACAGCAUUCCCUGGUCCUCUUGCAAACGUUGGGACUCUUGAGAAGAUGAUUAAGGUUGCAUGGCAGAAGUGUCAGGAGUACCAAUCUAUGUUCUUCAUGUAGUACUUUGUUACCCUUUUGUGCACACAGAGUAGGGCACAGCCCAUCUUUCCUCCAGUGAAACCAAUCGUGGUCGAGCUUCCCAUCUCUCCACCAAUGGAGCCCAUCGUGGUCGAGAGUCUCAUCUCUCUACCAGUGGAGCCCAUCGUGGUUGAACUGCCCAUCUUUCCACCAGUGAAGCCUGUUGUGAUUGAGCUGCCCAUCUCUCCACCAGUGAAGCACGUCAUGUUUGACCUGCCGAUCACUCCAGUGGAAGCUGAGUCACUUCAGAGAUUUGAGGGUUUGACACAGCGACAUAAAAAAUGAAAGACAGACAUGGAAACUUCAGUUCCACAGGCCAGAACUACUCUUCCUCCUCCCUCCCUAUUGGAUUAUUUUGCUCCACCUACAACUCCGAGAUGUCAAAGGGCCCAGGAUUUCUUCCCUCCACCUCCAGUGGAGCCCAUCGUGGUGGAGCUGCUCAUGUCUCCACCAGUGAAACCCAUCGUGGUGGAGCUACUCAUGUCUCCACCAGUGAAACCCGUCGUGUUUGAUUUGCCCAUUUGUUCAGUGGAAGCUGAGUCUCUUCAGAGUUUUGAGGAAUGUCAAGGGACACAGGAUUUUUGUUGAUUCACCUCCACCACAGGGUUGCCAAAUGGCCCAACAUGGAGUUAACCCAUAUUCAAUGAGAGCAGUUGAUUAUGCUUUAGCUAGCUCACAUUUCACAGAGAGAUAGAGAUAGAGUUCAGCUUGUCAUUUACCUUAUAUAACGCUGAUUUCCAUUAGUAACAGGUGCUCCAAUGAGCAAAUAUCCAGGUUAUCCAUGUACAACUACCAAAGCUGGGCCUGGAAUAUCAGCCGCUUCCCUGGUUCACAUGCUCAGACCUCUCUCACCGAUGUUGGUGCCGGAAGAUGAUGGAGGAUGGGACUCGGCUGGGGAUCACAUGUCCACCCCUGGGACUCCCUUCUACAUGGGUUGACUCUUCCACUGGACCUUUGAAGCCCUUUAAAGCUAUUUUGCCCGAAGAAAAGGACGCAGUGGAGCAUAGCAUUUUUCUUUUUAAAACAAAACUCAAGCAUACCCCACUUGGUCUUAAAAUAAACUUAUAAUAAAAUCCAA